GGACAAAAAAAUCUUAUUAUACGACAUUAAAAAUGAGCUAUGAUAGAGCUAUAACAAUUUUCAGUCCAGAUGGGCACUUGAUGCAAGUGGAAUAUGCAAUGGAAGCAGUAAAAAGAGGAGGAUGUGUUGUAGGCGUUAAGGCUAAUGACGCCGUUAUAAUUGCUGCCGAAAAGAAAUUGCUUACAAAAUUGCAAGACCAAGGGUGUAACAAAAAAAUACUACAAUUAGACGAAAACGUCGCUAUUGCUUUUGCGGGGUUAAAUGCCGAUGCAAGGGUCCUUGCCAAUAAGACGCGAUUAGAAUGCCAACGCUACAAACUUAAUACUGACGAACCGGCAACAGUCGGAUAUAUUGCUAAAUACAUCGCAAGAUUACAGCAAAAAUAUACACACAGAGGAGGAGUCCGACUUUUUGGGGUCUCCCUCUUGAUAGUUGGACUAGACGCAAACGGGAAGCCUGGGUUAUUCCAGACGGAACCUUCGGGUAUUUAUUCCUCAUGGAAAGCUCAAUCUAUUGGUAAAAACUCAAAGCACGUUAAAGAGUACCUAGAAAAACACUACAAAGAGAAUUUAACUACCGAAGAAUCUCUAAAUUUGGCCAUUAAAGCUUUGUUCGAAGUUGUUGAGGUCUCCGCUAAGAAUAUAGAGGUUGCGAUGUUGACACCGGCUGGUAUGAAGAUUCUGGAAGAAAGCACUAUGCAAGAUAUUGUAGAUAAACUAAAUCAGGAGAGAGCAACUAGUAAUUAGUACAAU